UGCUUAUGUUUAUCUUCUUGUUUGCAUCUUCUGUCCCUUGACCGAAUAAUAACCGUCGUUACAAUUAUAAUAUCCAAAGAAAUUGAAAUUUUCAUUUCAUAAUACUUUUAUUUGAUCAUUUUUGUCAUCAAGUAUUCAACAACUGUUGUUUGAUUUUUGAUUAUUAUUAAAAUAAUAAACAUCUUUAGAAAAUUAAUUUGUGGUCAAUUUGAAUUCAUUUUAAUUAAAAGACUUUAGAAUAUUAUGGCUCGUACCAAGCAAACUGCUCGUAAAUCUACUGGUGGUAAGGCACCGCGUAAACAAUUGGCAACUAAAGCUGCCCGAAAAUCGGCCCCAUCGACCGGAGGUGUUAAAAAACCCCAUCGUUAUCGUCCGGGUACGGUCGCUUUGCGUGAAAUCCGUCGAUACCAAAAAUCUACCGAGUUGCUCAUCCGCAAACUCCCAUUCCAACGUUUGGUUCGUGAAAUCGCCCAAGAUUUCAAAACUGAUUUGCGUUUCCAAAGUGCAGCCAUUGGAGCAUUGCAAGAAGCUUCGGAAGCUUAUUUGGUCGGUCUGUUCGAAGACACCAACUUGUGCGCUAUCCAUGCAAAACGAGUGACGAUUAUGCCGAAGGAUAUUCAAUUGGCCCGUCGAAUCCGUGGUGAACGUGCUUAGUGUGGACAAGCAAACGAGGACUAGGCUUAGUGAAUACAUCUACCAUAACGACCAUUACUGCUAUAAUCAUUAUCAUAAUAAAACACAUUUUCACAUCAUACACAUACACACACCCUAGCUCUUCAUUCUGUUCGACUUAACUAAAUUGUCUUGUGUCUGAUUUGUCCAGGCCCUUGAUAGUUUGACCAUCCAAAGUAAACUUUCGUGCAUUGUGUUUUGUUAUUACACUCAAUACCAUAAUGUCACACUAUACACACGUUGACAGACAAGCAUUUUUAUAAUCACUACUUUAUUGAUAACCACCAAGUUCUCAUACCGAUCGAUGUUCGACCUGCAAUGACAGAUAGGUAAAAAAAGCUUGAGUGUGAAAGAUUGUCGUCAUCGAUUAAACCAUUUAUUCAAUCAAAA